AUGGUACCUCUAAGCUUAACUUCCUCAAUAUGCCUAAAUAUAUAUAUUUUUAUAUGGGGAGAAAGUGUGCAAGGCAAUUGUAUACAAUUUUCUACCACGGAUUCUUCAGCUAUCAACAUUCUUGAAGAAUUAUCCAAUACAGGAAGCAAAAGUAACCCUAAUGAUACUGCGCAUAAGGAAAAUUGUGGUGAUUCAUGUGCAGUUCAAACUAAAAUUACACGAGAGGAAAAACAUUUUAUGUGUAGGAAUUUGCAGAGUUCCAUUGUUUCCUAUACAAGAAGCACCAAAAAACUGCUCAGAAAUAUGAUGGAUGAACAACAAGCUUCUUUGGAUUAUCUAUCUAAUCAGGUGAAUGAACUUAUGAAUAGAAUCCUUCUUUUGAAUACAGAAGUUUUUAGAAAAUAUCUGGAUCCCUUUCCUCAUAGACCAGUUCAGGCACAUGGUUUGGAUUGCACUGAUAUUAAAGAUACAAUUGGCACUGUAACAAAAACUCCAAGUGGUUUAUACAUAAUACACCCAGAAGGCUCCAGUUACCCUUUUGAGGUAAUGUGUGACAUGGAUUACAGAGGAGGUGGAUGGACCACAAUACAGAAAAGGAUCAAUGGAGUAAUUGAUUUCCAAAGGCUCUGGUGUGAUUAUCUGGAUGGAUUUGGUGAUCUUUUAGGAGAAUUUUGGCUAGGAUUAAAAAAAAUAUUUUACAUUGUAAAUCAAAAAAACACCAGCUUUCUGCUACUUGUGACACUGGAAUCUGACGAUGAAACGUCUGCUUAUGCAUCUUAUGAGAACUUUUGGAUAGAAGAUGAAACAAACUUUUUUAAGAUACACUUAGGACGUUAUUCAGGAAAUGCAGGUGAUGCAUUCCGUGGUCUCAGAAAGGAAGAUAAUCAAAAUGCAAUGCCUUUCAGCACCUCCGAUGUUGACAAUGAUGGAUGCCGUCCAGCAUGCAUGAUUGGUGGUCAGUCAGUCAAGAGUUGUAGUCACUUCAGUAAUAAGACUGGGUGGUGGUUCAGUCAGUGCGGCUUAGCAAAUCUUAAUGGUGUUCAUCAGUACCCAGGAAAGUUGCUUUCAUCUGGAAUUCACUGGGGUACAUGGGUUAAAAACAGUUCAUGGGUCAGAAUCAAAUCUGUUUCAAUGAAAAUACGAAGAAUUUAUAAUCCGCUUUUCAAAUAA